AUGUUGCUCGCUGGUGUAGAUACUACGACAUACAGCAUGUCGUUCGUCUUGUAUCAUCUUGCAAGAAAUGCAAGUAUCCAAGAAAAAUUAAGAUUAGAAGCUACAAAUUUGUUAAAGGAUCCUACAUCACCUAUAACGGCAGAAAUUAUAAGGAAUGCUAAAUAUACUAAAGCUGUAUUAAAAGAAACUUUCAGGUUAAAUCCUCUCUCUGUAGGAAUAGGUCGUAUCCUGCAAACUGAUGUAGUCCUGAGCGGAUAUCACGUUCCUAAAGGAACUGUGAUUGUGACACAAAAUCAAGUGAUUGGUCGACUUCCCGAGUAUUUCGACGAACCAAAUUUAUUCAGAUCAGAGAGAUGGUUGCGUGAUAAUAAUGACGGAGUAAACAAGUGGAGAGAAAAGUUUGUCAAUCCGUAUACUGUAUUGCCUUUUGGCUAUGGUCCGCGAUCGUGUAUCGCAAGACGAUUCGCUGAACAAAAUUUGCAAGUUAUCUUACUCCGGAUCUGCAGAAAUCUACGGUUUACAUGGUGUGGAGAAUCUCUUGAUUCGAUUUCGUUAUUAAUCAAUAAACCUGAUGGAUCUAUUAAAUUGAGAUUCGAAAAUCUAUAUGCAUAA